AUUCACGUCAAUCACGUUGUGCGGCGCGAUGACAGGCGCCUUAUCAAGAACACCGGCGACCGACACCCUCAAAACGUUUCAUUUCAUCGUCCUCCACAUGACACUUACCUCUGUUAUCGGUCCCCGAUCAUGAAUGCGGGAUACGAUGAGGAUCUGACAGAAAAUCAGUUCCUGCGGGAACUCCGGGACGAACAUGAAGCAACGUUUCAGCGAGCUGUUCAGGAAGGUUGGAUCAUCUGCGUUCCGCGAAGCGGCAGCUUCAUCAGCCGUAGAUUAGAAGAGGACGAGGUCAAUGCUCAUAUCCUGGUUCCUGGAAAGGAUCUUUCUGUCGCCGGUUUCAGCAGUCUGAGCGGUAGGGAGGUCUUGGUCGAGGAUCGAAUCCUGUAUAUCAAGCACGAUGACGCAGAGCAGUAUUCCUCGCGUCUGCUCUUCGAGGAGAUCUUCUACAGCGAUGAUUCUCGUAAAUAUUGUGUAUGGUGCACUGAACGGCCUCUGGAGGCCAGCAUGUAUGUUUCGGAUAAUUAUGUGAGUGUAAUUACGAAUCUCCAGGAAGCCGUAAAUUUUCUUCAGGUGGAACUGCUCGACAGACAGCUGCGUGACGACCUCGAGACCAAGAUCAAAGACUUCUUUUAUGUUAAUAAGAAUCUGGAGCGCAAAUCGAUACAAACACAAAGAAAUCUGGUACAUGAACUGUAUGCAGAUUGUUUUGAAAUGCUGCUGGAUAAUGCGAUGUUGAGAAAGAAGACUUCAGGUAAAAAGCAAUAUCAUUGGAACAUCAGAGUGUCACUCGAAACUUACAUUCUGUAUGCUUUGAGAGAUGUACUGCUAAAAUCAUUGUCCGCCGGUACCACUGUAGAAGACGCGAAUUUAAACAAGAUUAUUAGGAAUUUAGAUGGGAUCCAAUUGAAUGAUCUCCGAGUACGCUCAGACCUGCAGUCUCGUGUUCAUGGAGGAAAGAUGGAAUUAUCACGAUUGGACUCUUUCGUAACUGUAUUGGGUAAGAUCGAGUGUCUCAGAAGAACCGUAAAUUAUGUAUCGCGCGGAACGUUGUCGUCCGUCACGUCAGAUGAUCUCCUGCCGGUGCUUGUGUACUUCAUCGUCAAUGCUGGCCUGUCGAACUGGAUGGCGCAAUUAUACUUCAUGAGACAAUUUCGUCUCUCCACAAGCAGUGCUUACGAGAUGGACGAGGCUGGCUUUUUGAUAACUUCGCUAGAAGCCGCGAUCACGCACAUCAAAUCUGGAGUAAUCUAUAGCAAUGACAAAUACAGUACAUUAAUGAGUCAGUCGGAACGUUCAUCUAUUGGUUAUUUAUUUGCAUGCAUCAAGAAUGGCAAUCUCUCUGAGGUGAAAAGAAAUUUGACUUACAAUGGCUCCAACGAUGUCACGCUCUGUCAUCCUUUAUGCACCUGCGCGUCCUGUGAGCGAAACUGGACGAAGCAGCGAGACCUAAACGCGUGUCCCAAGGACGAUAAGGGUCUGACACCGUUGCAUGUUGCUGUGUUGCACGAUCAGAUUGUAAUUGUGGACUUUCUUCUAAACCGCGACACAGAUAUAAACGUUGUCGACUCGGACGGCCUGACGGCUCUUCAUUAUACCUGCAUCAAAGGCCACCAGAACAUUCUGCUGCUAAUGCUGCACGCGAACGCGGAUCCUGCAGUAACGGACUCUCGGGGAAACACUCCGUUACAUCUGGCGGUAGAUCGUGGUCAUGAGAACUGCGUGAAGGCGUUGCUGUAUCUGACGGAGCACAUGAAGAUGCCGGUCAACGCGAACAUUGCAAACGACAACGGCGAUACGCCUUUACAUCUUGCAGCCCGGUGGGGCUACUACGCGAUCGUCGACAUCCUCCUGGAAUACGGUGCCAACUGUAGAAUGAUCAACAAGAAGGGUCAAACACCCUUGAUGGUGACGUACAGUGAAACCAUCGCAGAGUUGCUCAGAUGUAACGCGGCAUCAAGCAGCAUUUGUAACAAUGUUGCCUCCUUAUCCUCACGUCCUCUUGUUCAGCCUUGUCAGUCGGUGCCUUUUCAGCAGCAGCGUCGUCGGGUCACGUUGGAGAAUAAGAGUCCAUCGCAUCCUAAGAGUUAUGCCAACGCGAUGCAACAUCGUAUGAUGGACAAAUUGCUCGCUGCUAUAGUCGACGGUGAUAUAUGCCUGGCAUGUUAUUACUUGGGACUGGAGAUUUAUCGCGAGCGGCCGUCAGGCGUUCGCACGACUCUGUGCCAUCAUCCGCUCUGCGAUUGCGAACGAUGUUCGGCACUCGGCGAAGGUAAAUUGGAACGUAAGCAGAGACAACGAACGCUGGCGAUCAACACCUGCAAUGGUCUAGGCGAGACAGCGUUACAUGUGGCGAGUGCGACCGGUCGCACCAAGAUGGUACAGCUGCUGUUAGACGCCGGUGCGAAUGUAAAUGUAAUAACCAAAUCCGAGGGUCGUACUCCGUUACAUCUGGCAUGCCUCAACGAUCGCGUCGACGCGGCGAAGCUGCUGUUGAAUUGCGCAACCUGCGACGUAGACGCCAAGGAUUGCAAGGGCGAUACGCCAUUGCAUCUGGCGACCAUGGCUGGCAACGUCAAAUCCGUCAGCUUGCUGAUCAGAUAUGGUGCGUGCACCAAUAUGCGCAAUCUGCAGAACAAAACUCCGCUGCGACAGGCGGAAGAGGUGCUAUCCCUCGCUUUUUCCGCGAAUCGUACCAAUAUACUGAAGGUUCUAAAACAAAAUUCGACACAGUCAGCCGACGAUUGAUUAGCACGUUCAACUUUCUUGUGUCUUAAGCUAUUCCGUCUUUUCUACGUCUUUUCUAUUUACCUCAUAGAUUAGUCAUAAGAUAGAUUUGCUAGAAGUAGUUUUUAACAUUAGAAGCA